GUCCAUGACCCAUGUCAGGCGAAUGUCGAAACUAGAACUUACUUUACAGUUUUCUUAAUCUAGAAAAUAUACUAAUUGUAAAUACUAAAAUUCCGAUAUUUUAAUGUUCUCGCCGUUCUCGGUUUACACUGUUUCAUAGUGUUUUCAAUUCUCAUUGCAAGAUAUUAUCGUCAAUCAGCAUAAUAUCAUUCCAAUUUGUAGUGUUUGGUACUUCGAUCACCAUUCACCAUCACAUUCUCACGACAAUAUUCUUACUAAAAGUUUUUAGUUCUUACUGUUCUCCGCUUUUCUAAUAAUAUGUCAAAUAAAUGAAGUUUAAUUUUUAUUUUUAUUUCCAUUUAAGUGUUUUAAGUUAUACCUAAUGCCUAUCAACCUAACCCUAUAAUCAUUUUGUUUCUAUUAUAUUUAAAGGCACAUUUAAAUUCGAUAAAUUAUUGUAUUGUGGUAUAGGUAACAGAUAGUUAUUAUAUUAUUUUCAAUAGUUUCAAACUAAUCAUGAUGAACGGAAGUGUUGGUUUACAGCAACAACCAUUUAUUAGCUCACUGCCAACAGCUAAUUCCAACAACUACCAACCUGCAUCCGUCUCUGCACCAGUCAUGUCAAAUGGUACAGAAGAGGAACCAGAAGCUAAAGUACCAAAACAUGAAGGCGGUUUACUGAUAGCACUAGUCUAUACGCUUCUCACACAUCAAAAGAUUAAAUUACCUAGUUUGUAGGGAAGGUGAAUGGAAAUGCAUCAUUCACUACUGCACCAUAUGAUUUCAAUCAAGUUGGAACUUUAAUCUCAGGUCCUGGUUCAAGACUUGGUAUUUUAGGUGCACUUGCUGCUCCUUUAAUCAAAUUGAGUACGGAACAAAAUGAAGCUGUUGCCAAAGCUAAAAAAUAUGCUAUGGAACAAAGUAUUAAGAUGGUAUUAAUGAAACAAACAUUAGCCCAUCAACAACAACAAGCCAAGUCAUUCCAUCGUCACCAAGCUUUAAUAUUAAUGUGCAGAGUGUAUGUUGGAAGUAUUAGUUUUGAACUCAAAGAAGACUCAAUUAAGCAAGCAUUUUCACCAUUUGGUUGUAUUAAAUCGAUUAACAUGUCUUGGGAUCCAAUUACUCAAAAGCACAAAGGUUUUGCAUUUGUAGAAUAUGAAAUACCAGAAGCUGCUCAGCUUGCACUUGAACAAAUGAAUGGAGUAAUGCUUGGUGGUCGAAAUAUUAAAGUUGUUGGACGUCCUAGCAAUAUGCCACAAGCUCAAUCUGUCAUUGAUGAGAUUCAGGAAGAAGCUAAACAAUAUAAUCGUAUUUACGUAGCAUCUAUACAUCCAGACUUAACUGAAGAUGAUAUAAAAAGUGUAUUUGAAGCAUUUGGCCCAAUUAGGACAUGUAAACUUGCACAAGGUAGUACACCAAACAGACAUCGGGGCUAUGGUUUCAUUGAGUACGAGGGUCGUCAAGCGGCUAUUGAAGCAAUAUCUUCAAUGAAUCUUUUUGACCUUGGAGGCCAGUAUUUAAGAGUUGGGCGUGCCAUUACUCCUCCAAAUGCGCUUCAUGGUCCUUCAUCUUCAAGUCAUAUGCCUACAGCUGCCGCUGUUGCAGCUGCAGCAGCUACAGCAAAAAUUCAAGCGAUGGAUGCAGUUGCUACUAAUGCAGUUUUAGGUUUAAGUAAAUUAAGUUCUCAAUUAGGUGCUCAAACAGCUGUCUUACCUGGUUUACAACAAUUACCUACUACAUUAGGUAUAACUCCUGCUGUUCCAGCUGCUACUAUACCACCGCCAGGGAUUGCUAUACCACAACAAAUUAGAGCUCCAGUACCAAUAAUACCAGGUACCACAGGAUUGAGUCCAGUUAUUCAACAAGCUAUACCUCCGCCAACACUUAUAAAUCCUACGCAAUUAGCUGCCCCUGUAAUUCCAACAGUAACGGCAGAUGCACAAAAACGGGCUGAUCAACAAAAAAAACAAGAAGAAUUACAAAAAAAAUUAUUGGAAGAAACUGAACCUCAAACAUUACAACAACAAGAAAAUAUGUCUAUUAAAGGACAAAGUGCUAGACACCUUGUUAUGCAAAAAUUAAUGCGAAAAACUGAGAGUAGAGUUGUUAUACUCAGAAACAUGGUUGGAGUUGAAGAUGUAGAUGACAGUUUACAAGAAGAAAUUCAAGAUGAAUGUAGCAAAUUUGGUGUAGUCGAACGUGUUAUUAUUUAUAAAGAAAAACAAUCAGAUAGUGUAGAUGACGAUUCAGAUACAAUUGUAAAAAUAUUUGUAGAGUUUACGCAGAUGUCAGAGGCCGAACAAGCUCGUGACUCCCUAAAUGGUCGAUUCUUUGGCGGACGAUUAGUUAAAGCUGAACUUUAUGAUCAAGCAUUAUUUGACCAUAGUGACUUUUCUGGUUGAAUUAGUUUAAAUGUCCAUUAUUAUAAUUAUAUGUAUAUUAUUUUACUUCACUAUUUAGUUAUUUUAAUAUUAACUCAAAUAUAUUAUAUAACUAAUUAUUUUAUUAUGUAUCUAUAAUAUUUUGUAAAUAAAAGAUUUUUUGCAA